AUGUUAGCUAUUUCGUAUAGUAAUAUUGGUCAAGUGCAUGAGGAAAUGGGUAACUACUCAAAAGCACUUGAAUUCUUUAAAAAAGCAUUUGAAAUAGAAGAAAAAGCACUGCGUCAUAUUCGUCCUACAUUAGCUAGCUCCUAUAAAUGCAUCGGUGGUAUAUAUGAAAAAAUGGGUGACUACUCGGAAGCACUUAAAUCUUACGAAACAGCACAUCAGAUAGAAGAAAAAUCUCUGCCUCCGAAUCAGCCCACAUUAGCUACUUCACAUAGGAGAAUUGCUGAAGUGUAUGCCAACAAGGGUGACUACUCGGAAGCACUCAAAUUCUACCAAAAAGCACGUGAAAUACAAGAAAAAACAUUACCUUCGACCCAUCCUAGUUUGGCUACUACUUACAAUGACAUUGGUUUACUGUAUCUUAAAAUGGGCAAAGAUUUGGAAGCACUUGAACUAUACGAAAAGGCACAAAGAAUCGACGAAAAAGCUCUGCCUUCGACUCAUUGUGAUUUUGCUACUACUUAUCAUAACGUCGGUCAAGCAUAUCGUCAACACGGUGACUACUCGAAAGCACUUGAAUUCUACGAAAAAGCAUCAUAUCUAUGA